AUGGGCGAAGCCCUCGAUCUCAACCUCUAUCCGUCGUGCUACAAUUGUCUAAGCUGGUCUGACGACGGGGAGCUGGCAGUAGCAGCUGGAGACACGGUCCAUCUACAACUCCCCCAAUGGAAACCAAAAUAUGUUCAUCCCCUCUUUGAAAAAGAGAAAUCGAUGCCAUGGACUUCCACCAAAGUCCGAACCAAUGUUUUCACCCACCAAGAAUGGAAAGUCAUGAUGCCUACUGGCCGAGAUGAGUUCUCCAUCGGCGCCGAGCAAUCGCUAAGCAGCGUAUCUCAACUGGCCUGGUCAAACGAAGGUCUGGGACUACAUCGGCGGUGCGUUCUUGCUGUAUUGACUUCUAAUCUUUUAUUGUCGUUGUAUGAAGCGGAUGGGCAGAGACGCACCUGGUCCCGUGUCUUUGUUGUUAACAAAGCGCUUGAGAAGUAUUUUGAGUCGAAAGAAAGACCUAAAUCGAUCAGCGCGUCUCGCAUUCGGUCAUUUGCGUGGUGCCCUCCAUUGAAGAAUGAUGCUCGUGGCGAGGAUGACCGUGCAGAUUUUCGAUGGGGCGAGCAAUUGCUUACCAUUGCCACAGAUAGCAAUGAUCUUGUUCUUGUUCGUGUGAGACGAAAUCAUUCAUCGAAGGUUUCUGGAUGGAGAUUCUCUAUUGAUGUUAUUGAUCAUAUCGAACUGGGAAAUCUGAAAAGGCAGUAUAGCCCGGUUCCCCAGGGGUCAUUGUGGGCUGAUGCAUUAAACUCUAAGGCUAGAGUACUGAAUAUUUCGUGCGGCCCUUGGAUCAGAGCGGAUGACCAACAGAAUGGCACAAAAGACUCUAGGCUGAAAUAUCAUGCCAUGAUUGCGCUAGUGCUUGGGGGCAGUCUGCAUCUGGUCAAUGUACAGGCCCGUAUGAGUUUGGAAGAUAGACAAACAAUUUCCGUUGAAGGACAACUGACACACAAUACAACUGUUCUAUCUUCCAGAAGCCUGGAAUGUAUCAACUUCACUGGACUACUACAAUGGAUUCCUGUAGACGAGACCAGAGUCUUGCUGGUGUCAGGCUAUAUUGGUGGGSGAGCCACACUUCGCUUUGACCACAAUUCAUAUCUGAAGUCAUCAAUGCAAGGGAAAGUCGAUGAGAAGAGCGUUAUUUUUCAUCAACGGUCAUUCCAUGACCAAGGAUACAGCAGCAUGGGCACUAUGUACUCCCAAUAUAAUGAACCCAUAUCUGGAGUUGUAGCACCAACAUCAUCGACAGUUUCCCACGACACUCGCUUAAUCUAUCUGACAACCCUUGGCCGUUUCUCCGAGGCGACCCCUCUCUCUACAAUUGGUACAUUACUAGAAGAGACACUGUCCAAAACUCAAACCCCUUGGCUAGAGCAAGUAGAGCGCUACAGACAAAGGUACAGCAUCCAAUAUGAACUAGGCGAUAUGAGCAUUGUACGGACCUGGGGUCUCGCCACAUUCGACGGCUGGACUGCCGUUGCAUUUACGAUGCAUCCAGGAGACGUGCUCGAAUACACCAUCAGAGCUGAGGAGAGCACUAUCAUCCUCUUCACGCCACCGGAGCCUGGUGCGGUGUUUCCUAAACCCGCUGAUUUAUCGGAUGAACGUAUGGCCAUGAAGCGCGAUGAAGUUCUGCACUAUACACUUUCUUCGGCGAGCAGACUGCAAGAAAGUAAUCUCCGCUCCGCUAGGCUCAUCUAUUCAGCAUGCGUAUGCGCGAUAAAUGCGAAUUACGGUGCACAGCAGGAAAUUUCCAAGAACGACGUCUUGCUGAAUCUAGCCCGUCAAGCAUUGACACAUCUCUCCACUACUUUUGACCUUUCUAUCGACGAGGAAUUAUCAUACUGUGAUAUCCACAAGCCCAGCACCGACCCCGUACUCGGCAAAACACCAAAACCAGCGUCCGUACUAGAAGGACCGAUAGGUUGGAUCUACGAAAAAUGCCGCACAUGCUUCCGCCGCGGAAAGGGGGAUGUAGGUCUGAGCUGGCGGGACCAAAAUACUACUAUAUGCGCAAAUGGCCAUACCUGGAAUCGAUGCGCCUUGACGUUCCUCGCAAUCCAAGAACCGUACAUUUCCAUGUUCUGUUCUGUAUGCGACAUGAACGUCCUCUCGCGUGAUGAGGGCAUUGAUUAUACCUUAGUUGGGCAUGAACAGGUUGCCGAGGAUGAGAAUAGGAAGGAACUCUAUGAUUCGCUUUAUGAACGAUAUGAUAUAUGCGCGUACUGUGGGGGAAAGUAUCAAGAUGAGUAG